AUGUCUCGUGUUCAUGCAUCUCGUUCUUUCCACGAUGCGGCCUCAAGUAUUUCCGGUAUACCUAACUCCUACCCUCGAGGUGAAGCGUAUGGAGAUUCGAGACGAAAUCAGACUAUCAUUAGUCUCUUAAAUGUCCUUAGCGAACUCACGAAUGAGUCUUCUCUAGACAAUGAUGCCAACUUUCCUCCCGCCUUCGAAGAUGACGAUCCGACAAUAGAUGAGAAGCUGCAAAUAGCAGGAUCGGAAUCAUUCAACAAGUUUGAGAGGCGAAUAGAUAAUCUUGACAAAGAGCUGCGCAACUUUGCCAAUGCUGCUCGCCAGCUUGGCAGUUCCGUUGGAAUCUUAUCCUCUGGGUUUGGACUACGCGACCGCCUCGCGAAGCUGCUGUUUCUAUUUCGCGAGAACGCAGCUACUUUGUUUCCUCGGAAGAUUUCGCGUCAACCUCGAGAAGAGCCGAUUGUUCAUGAGUGGACAGAGCGGCGGCGCACAGAUAAUCAACCUUUGUCCAAGGCCCACACCGAUCCUGAAAGUUUUCCCGAUCAAUUUGCUGGCUUCGCAGAAGACGUCGUAACGUUCCUGAACUGCCUGAACGAGUUCCCUGAGUUCACAGACGAGGCCGUCAAUACGUCAAUGCGUUCUUUUGAAUGUGAUCUGAAGUAUUGGGCUUCAUGUCUUCAGGAGUACAAAGGUCAAUUUCGCUAUCCAGCAGUGCAGCGCUAUAUCCAUGAUUUAACAUCGGAGAUUGGGGAGCACAUUGACAACAUCACAGUCAAUCUGUCCAUGUUUAUUGAAAUCGGUGUUCCAACGAUUCGAUUCGCCCAGCACCAUGCAGCAUCAAACUUGUUGAACCUGUCGACAGUCGCAACGUUCUUUUCGGUUGUGACGGCGACGACCUUACAGUUCUCAUACCGGUUGACGGACGGCGUGCUGGAGACUUCUGUCAAUGCGUUCUGGUUCUCUUCAUUGGUUUUCAGCAUAGCAGCCGCAGUGAACAGUCUCCUGGGUCUUACCUGGAAGCAAGCAAUGUAUCGCUCUCCAGGGCAUAGGGUACCUUGGUGGGUAUUGAUAUGGAUUAAACGAUCGCCUUUAGUGUUUCUCGUGAUGUCUGUGGCAUGCUUUUCCGCGGGCUUGAUGCUGUUCACAUAUGCCACAGAUCAGGGAUUUGUCACGUCCACGAUCACCACUGUUUUCACGGCAAGUCUACGGAUAGUUCCAGCCGCUAUUGAAAUGUAUGCUUACCCAAAUCACAGACAGGCACCUCCUUCGGCCUGGCUGUUGUCUCAGCUUGGUUCGUCUCGGAGCGUUGGAUAUUUGUUCACUACCAUGCGCAUACUUUGCCUUGGGCUAUUCGUGACAAUGCGUAGCAUCAUUCCCCCGUGCAUCGAGGUCAUCAGUAGCCUGUUAAGACGAAUCUCUUUCAAGCUCACCGACGUGAUUACCCGGAUCGGACGUAGGGACCAUACUCUUCCCACUAUGCAGGAGGGCCCGCCGAGGGACGAUCUUUCUCACCGCCGCGACAUCUCUACGUCGGUGUCCUCGGCUUUCACCGAGAAUCCUACUUCAAUGGAAGGGCUCACUAGUGAGGAAACCAAGUCGUCUCGCCCGACCAUCGCCCGUCAGCGCUUCAAAGGAGCUGUACGUUCUGUCAUCGUAAUGCAACAACAGCAAGCGGGGCGGCCCCCGAUGCCGCAACGACUUCCAUCCUUCGACUGCUGGAACUCUACUAUUGGGAUAUCUCCCACUCGGCCCUCGUCCGUGGAUUUGGACGCUAUGCGAGGACCGCGAGCCACUUUAAGCCCGAAGCUGAAAACCCUAGAACCUGUACAGGACCUCUCCGUACACACCGCCCUUGUCCGGCAUUUACAAUUCUCCCCGAGCGGCAAAUAUCUUGCUACGUCAAGUUGGGAUCGAUCUUCCGUCAUCUUUCGUGUGGAGGAUGCUUUUGCAAUCCAUGCCAUUCUUGUACACGUGCGAGGCUUCAUCGGUCAGGUUGCAUGGUCCGAUUCUGGUAACAUUCUCUUGACGAGAUUACCCCGCGGAAUCAAGGUUUGGACGGAGGAUGGAAUCUGCAAGAGAACAAUCGAACGCCCGCACUCUGUGUCGUCCGUCGUAUGGCUGCCUGCGAACGAGAUCGAAGGUAGCAGAGUUCUCAAACUGGACAUUAAAGGAAGGGUUCUGGAUUCUUACCACUUUGGCCACAUCCAGCUGCACAAUGUGGCUGUGACUCCAGAUGGUCAACGGUUGCUGGGUGUUGGUCCACUCCUUGCGGCACCUAACGGGAUGCAUCCAAGCCGCACUACUAGGGUUGAGAAGUGCAUAGUAGUUUUCAACAUGGAGACCGGAACAUUUGAAAACCAAACACCCGUCUUCAACGACGUGCGUGAUAUAACGGUGUCCAAAAGGGGUGGCAAUGUGUUGAUUUCAUUCGAGUACAAGACACCUCCGCAGCUAUGGAAGAUGGAGUUAGUACGGGAUACUAAAGACCGCGAAAACCCCUAUGCACAAAUCGCUAGGCUUAUUCUCCGUCACACGUAUCAGCCCACAGCUCAUGUGGAUUUUGUGGGACCGAGUUACUUCGGCGGUGUGGAUGAUCAGCUAGUGUUAUGUGCGGGCAAAGCGGGCGAUAUCCAUAUCUGGGAACGCGAUACUGCAAUUUUGCUCCACUACAUCCGACCUCAGAUGUUCGGCGGGGACUUGACAUGUGUCGCAUGGAAUCAUUCAACUGACGACCCCUUCAUGUUAGCGACGGGCAGCCAUGAUGGUACAGUGCACAUAUGGAGGACGCCGAUAUGGGACGGCUCAUCUGAUGGUGGUUCGUAUCUCGAGCAAGCUGCGGGUAUGACAGUUGCGGAUCAGUCACCCGUCCUUGGUCCCCCGCCUGCGCCUGGAGCCAGUCGAGGGCCCCGAGAAACAGCGUCGACCAUACGUACAAAAUUCUCCUGUUAG